AUGGAUGAUAAAUUAAAACCAAUUAUUGAAGAAAAUCUGUAUCUAAAAAAUGAAGUGGAGAUAUUAAAUGGGAAGGUAAAACGUCUGGAACUUGGAAAAAAGGAGAACAAUUUGAUAUUCUACGGUUUCAAGGAGUCGACUGAAAAUAUUAACAUAGCAGAAAUGGUAUCAAAAACUUUAAUUGAUUCGGAUACUGAAAUUCGUAAAUCAGAUAUUAAUAAAGCAUUUAGAAUUGGCAAGGUAAAAGGAGAAGCACGCCCGAUUUUAGUUAAUAUGCUAAAUGCAUGGAAGAGAAACGAAAUUUUGCGAAGUAAGAAAAAGCUACCAAAAAAUAUUUAUGUAAAUGAAGAUUUCAGCAAAGAAAUUUUAGAAAAGAGGAGAGAACUCAUACCUCAGCUGAAGGAAGAACGAAGAAAGGGACGUAUAGCAUUUAUAAAAUAUGACAAACUGGUUGUGAAGGGCGAAGCAGGUGGGAUGCGAGAUAAGAGGAAGAGAGAUCAAUCUGCUUCACCAAAAACAAUGAAUGAGACUGGAAACGGCCGACUAAAAAUUAAUAAAAUAAAUGCCUUCGAAAGAAUAUACAGGAACAGAUCACACUCAACAUCAGAUACGAAUAAAGAGUAG